AUGACAGCGUCUUGCGAGCUGCGCAGGACACCUGUCCGCCGCCCCAAGAGUCCUUUUUUCCCUUGGAGCUUCGUUAAGAUUCUUUUGAUGGCCCUAGUGGUGCGGUUACCCACGUCCUUUGGUGACUGUGGUUACCCACCAACGUUCGAGUCUAUGAACAUAAAGGGUUACGCUAAAUUUUCAUAUUUGACUUGGGAGAAAGUAUUUUAUGAUUGUAAACCAGGAUACAAACGUAAAUUAUUUUCCCCCUACAACACCUUUUGUGAGCCAAAUAAUACAUGGUACCCUCUUGAUGAAGCCUGUACCAAAAAAUUAUGUACAGCUCCAAAAGUUGAAAAUGGUGGAAUAUUUGACCCAAAUGUAGCCCUUGAAUUCGAUAGAGAAGUUCGCUUCUAUUGUGAUGAUGGUUAUUACUUAAAAGGUGAACAAAUUCUAACUUGUAAGCGUUCUGGAGACCAGGUGAAUUGGAACUAUGCUCUCCCAACAUGUGAAAAGAUUUUGUGUCAAUCACCUGGAAAAAUAGAAAAUGGAAAACACACUAAUAGCUGGAGGAAUGUAUUUGAAUUUAAUGAAUUAGUAACUUAUAGUUGUGAGCCUUCAAAUGGACCAGAUGAAUAUUCACUUGUGGGAGAGAGCAAACUUAUUUGUUCUGGUCCUGGCAAAUGGAGUAGUGACCCUCCUCAGUGUAAAGUAGUCAAAUGUGACUAUCCAGUACUCAAACAUGGAAGGCCAGUAUCCAAAAUUAAAGAAAAAUUUUCCUACCAAGAUGAGAUUUUAUUUCAGUGCCUGGAGGGUUUCUAUCUUAAUGGCAGCAACCCAGUAUUCUGUGGUGGAAACAGUACUUGGGAGCCUGAGAUGCCAACAUGUAUUAAAGGUUUCAAGCCUACUCAUCCAACCAAGCCUCCACUUUCAAGAUAUCCAGGAUAUCCCAAUCCUCGUGAAUUACCACCAAUUGAAGAAAUUGUGGAAUUAGAUUCAGGAGUCAUAGCUCUAAUUAUUUUUACUGUACUUGUUGCCCUUGCAAUAAUUUGCAUCUGCUUGUAUAAAUGGCUUCACAGAGGGAAGAAAGUGUAAAUUAAAC